AUGAACAAAAUCGACUUGAACGCAUAUACUAUACCCCUAUUACAUGCAGCAAAGUAUCCUUCUUCUGAUGUGUGUGGUGUACUCUUGGGUAAAAACGAGAAAGAACUAAUGGUCAAGACAGCCGUACCUUUCUUUCAUCACUGGACUACAGUUACACCUAUGCUUGAGGUUGCUUUAAGACAAACCGAGAUUUAUGCAAAGGAAAAUGAUUUAGUGAUCGUAGGUUGGUACCAUGGCAACGCACGUCUCGAAGAUACAAGUUUGCCUGAAAGAGCUGUCAAAGUAGCAGAAACAAUCAAGAAAAACAGUGCGAGCAAUAAGGCUGUUUUGUUUAUGGCAAAGAAUCAAUGGAAAAAGCAAAAGGAUCCUUUCACAGCUAGUGAUAACGACUUUAGUUUGACAGAUAAAGAAACAUACACUAAAGUGCGUGGACUUUUCAGUGCUUCUGCUUAUCACCGUAUUCAUGACUUUGAUGAACAUGUAGAAGAUGUGUCUAUUGAAUGGCUAGAGACAAGCAAGCUUUUUAUUUAA